CCCGCAUACCCAUCCCUCAUCGUCUACGACUACACAAAAUGCGCUACUUCUCGCAACAGUGCACCUACGACCAUUCAUGGGCACAUGUCAUCAUCGGGAUGUGGCAUAAAUAUCCCAACCCGCAUUGCUCACACGUCGUAUCCGUCGACGUAGUAGACCGCUCAGUCAACCCACAGACGGGUAUCAUUCGUACAGAGCGGAUUGUCGGCUGUACACAGAGGGCUCCACUAUGGAUCGUCAAGCUCUUCGGCGGUUCAGAAGACGCAUUCGUGCGGGAAAUAUCCUUCGUUGAUCCAGCCACCCAAACCACUUCCAUCUCCACCGUCAACCUUUCCCUUUCACAAUUCGCGACAUGUCAUGAAACCAUUCGUUAUUCACCAACACGAGAUGGCCGAACGGACUUCACGCAGACGGCAGAGAUCGAGGCGCGGAUGGCCAUGUGGAGGGCAGCAGCGGAUAAGCUCGAGGGUUGGUUAGCCCAGCGGUUCGAGCAGAAUGCUCAUUUGGGGAAAGUCGGCUUUACGGACGUUCUCCGAAGGUUGUGGGAGGAUGCGCAGGAGCAGCAACCAGCGCGUGCGUCGGCUUGAGUAGAGUUGAGUUCCGCUUCAUAUCUUUAUCUCGCACCGCACCGCUGUCCUUGUUAGAUUUUCAUCUUGGAGUGCGCUCUCUCUACGCUUUCGAUGCUUUUUAGACGUACAUUAUUCGGUUUGUCAUGUAGACCCAGACAUGGUAAAAAGCGU